GCAUUUGUAAAGCGCCGAUUUGGUUGGGUCUUGUGAGGUUCCUACUGCUGCGCACGAGCGACAAUACGCCAGCACUGUACCGAGUAUGCACCCUCUAAAAAACAAAAUAAAUGUCGCGUUAGGCGCGUUCCAUGGCAACUGCUUGUUGCGCACUGCUCUCACAAGCGGUCUUUGUAAGAACAAAUCUUUUGUCAAUUCUGAGAAACCCCCAAGAUGAUCACAGAUCUUAUGAGAAUUGCUGUCUACCCUCAAUAUGGCUGAGCCAACCACCUUGCAGCUUUUGAGCGAGACAAAGCUAGAUCCCAAGCCCCACGGCGGCCUACUCACCUACAACCCCAGCAUCGAGCUUUUCGCCAGGGCAGCAGGCUCGAAAACACUCCAGGUUUGGCGUUCCAAUGGCCAAUCCGUCAUCAAAAGUAGCCAGAAAGGCGAAAAGGACUCCAUACAGGCACUCAGAUGGAAGACCGAUGGAGAGUUCUUGGCUGUAGCAUGGAGCGACGGCGUAGUGCGGCUGAUGGGUUUAGAGAACAGCAAAGCCGUUCAUCAAAUUCCCGUUUGUGAUGGUGUUGCCACCAAGAUAACUUGCAUCGGCUGGACUCGCAAUCGUGCCGGUAAAAAGGCUCCUGCGGCGGCCAAGUCCGAUUCGCUAUGGAAAGAUCUAUCAUCUGUAGACGGGCGAAGCCUGGGUGAAAAGAAACAAAAACCUGAUCUUCCGCGUGAGCUUGCAUUCCUGGAGGUAGAGACUGCGCUGCCCAAGCUCAGUCCUUUGCCAGCAUCGGGUGGUUCGGGAGAUGACAUGUACGUCUUUACCACGAGAGCGUCUCUGGAGUUCUUAUUUCGCCCCUUCUCUCCUGAGGCGGCCGAUAUGGUCGACAUUAUGCUUGUAGGAACGGAUAAUGGCCACAUUCAUUUAAGCAUUUACGACUCCUUCGUCAUCGGCCAUUUCAAAUACACUGUACCUCAAUAUGACCUCCCAGACGGUUUGCAUGCAGCACCGUCGCUGAAGUUGACACACCAUGCAUCGCAUCCUGCUCUUACCACACAUUCACUACUCUUCCAACCUUCUCAAGAGAUGAAGACCAACGAGCUGUACAUCGUUCCUGUCGACUUGGGAUUCAUCUAUUCCUCACCUGAGAACCUGUCACUUUUGGCUUCUAAAACUACUACUUUGCAGAAGCUCCUCAGAUACGUCAAACAGGUGCAGACACAUAUGGGGUUUGAGUGGCAAUCCACACGAGAGCUUCCCCACAAGUUUCUUGAUAGCAUUAAUGAGACAUUGAAAGAGACAGGCAAGUACGGCGGCAUGGACAUCGGCCAAGCCAUGUACCACACGGUUGUUACGGGUCACACAUUUCCAGAGGUGAAGGAAUGGCUAGUUGACCAGUUGGCGGAACGUGGUCACAAACGUUGGGACAAAGCAGUGGUGGCUGGUUUAGAAGGUCUCCGUAGUCUCGUGCACGAGAACUUCCUGCCAGCCUUGGAAAGGAUUGCAAUCCUUCUGAGCCGCCUUCUUGGCAUAGCUCGCUUUCACGACUCCAAGGACGAGAUUGGGUUUACCAGCAUCCAUAUUUCCAAAGUCAUGGAUGUCGUAACAUGUCUAAUGCUUGUCGGCAACAAAAUUCUACUUUUGGUCAUGGAGGAGCUGGAACUGUUCCAGUCUUUCUCCACAUGGCUACGUUAUGAAAUCGACCGUCUUGCGUCCUCGACAGUGUCUGAAGAGUUGACAGAAAAGGAGGCAACAAUGGAACACGGCAAGAUAUUGACUUAUAUCUCACAAUACAUGCCUGCCAGUCCCCUAAGAUACUAUCUUAGUAAGGUGUCUGAAGAGGAUGCAUCGCGAGAUACAGCGGCCACCGAAGAUGUGGCUUCGCUUCUUGAUACACUUGGCAAGCACAUUAAAGGACAAGAAGAUGGGAAGCCUCAUACCACAGUUGUCCCCCAGGUCGAAUUUCUUGGGGCUCUCCUACUGAAGAAAGCCGAUGUCGUAUUUGAAGGCAUUGCUGCGGCAGAGCGGCGCAGCGUCCGCUUCGGAACGCUUCAAAUGAUCAAACUAGAGCACAAUGUGUCCAAGCUUGACAUGAGGAUGUGUACAAUUGACAAAGGGAGUUCCAACGCAGUGACCUACACAGCCUUGAUGGAAGAGGAGCAAGAGGGCAGCAUACAUGUGUUCCGCACAGAAACGAUAAUUGUCAACGGAAUUAGUGGUGCUGUAGCAACCCAGCACUCAUACCUUAAGCUCGGCGAUGCCAAGGUUCUCGAUCUGAGGUUCCUCAACGACGAAUCAUUACUUGUCCUUUUAUUAGUUGAUGGUAAAGAAGCUAAGAGGUCCUUUUUACCGCAAUGUACUAAUCUUGUUGUAGAGCAACUGCGGCUAAUCAAAGUCCCACAUCAAUCAGCCGAUCUCGGCUACCAGAAAUACGACCCGUGGGUACUUGAAGAACCACAUGAGCUUAGCACAGAGCAAGUCACCAGUAUCUUCCCUAACGUGAUUGUUCCUGGUACAAACGGCUUUGUACCGGUUCGUAUGGAGGUCAAGGAGGCCAGCUCCGAGCGUGGCCACAUUCCGGCACGGGUAUGCCUGUUAAGCAAUGAUGGACACACAUAUAGGGUCUUUGCUCUCCCCGAAAAUGUCUUUUGAGACAUCAUGUUUAAGUAUGUUGGUCGCAAGCCACGUAGAUGGCUCUCAUUUUUUGAGCCAGUAGACCUAAAUGUCGUAUCCUCAGAACAUUAAUUCUCAACCGUAGUUGAGCAUAAUUGAGCAUCACAACAAACUAUUUGCGCUUGGUGGCAGAAUCUGGUCUCGCG